GGAGGCCCUUGGGACCGAGCACAUCCAGGUGGCACAGGCUCCCUGUCCAGGAACACCAGCCGUCCUCCAGGAGCCUGCCUGAAACCUAGCUGGACAGGAAGCAAGGACUAUCUGAAGGUUUGUCCAAACAGUGGGAGCCCUGCCCGAGAUGAGAAGCCUGGCAGUAGCCAAACUUGUAACGAACUCACAGGCCUUAUGUGUAUGCAUGCAGUUUUGUGCUUACGGUUGGAGCACCACCUAACCCAGAGGUCCUUAAUAUACGGCUCUCAGAGAACAGAAGGGUGGUUAGUGGGGGUCUGAGAAGUUCCGCAUCAGCCCUGGGAAAUGAAAACCCAGACAGUUCUAGCUGCUCCUCACCCCUGGCUGCUACAUCGGGUGCCCGCCUGCCCGCCCACCUGCCUGCCACUCUGGAAUCCCAGCAGCUCCUGCAGCCUCCCUUCUUGCUGCCAUUCGAACAAGAGUCUUGGAAGUGAUGCUGGUGUUUCUCACACGCUGAGCCAGUCACGCACAUCACCGACAUCCACACUAGUCCUGUGAGACAGACGCACGCAAUAGUGCUUCGCUGUCUCUGCCUUACCUGCCUCUGUAAUUACCACGCAGUAAAAUCGACUCUUUUCUGGUGACUUCCGAUGAAAUAGAAGACCUGUUUAUGAAGUCAUAACCACCAUAUGGAUGAAGAACAGAUCCGGAACCCUAGUGAACUCUCAUGCUGUUACUUUGUAGUCCGGUGGUGUUAUUUUGAGUUAGGAAAUGCAGAUAGAAUACCCAAGAUCUGCCCUCCUGAGAGACUCGACAGCAUUGUUAGCUGUGGGCACAUGUCUGCAGCAGGUCUCCAGAAGGUUUGACAUCUACAGGAAGGUGCCCAAGGACCUCACGCAGCCAACAUAUACUGGUGCCAUUAUCUCCAUCUGCUGCUGCCUUUUCAUCCUCUUCCUCUUCUUGUCAGAGCUCACUGGAUUCAUCACGACAGAAGUGGUGAAUGAGCUCUACGUCGAUGACCCAGACAAGGACAGCGGAGGCAAAAUUGACGUCAGUCUCAACAUCAGUUUACCCAAUUUGCACUGUGAACUGGUCGGCCUUGAUAUCCAAGAUGAGAUGGGCAGACAUGAGGUGGGUCAUAUUGACAACUCCAUGAAGAUCCCACUGAACAACGGAGUCGGCUGUCGCUUCGAGGGCCAGUUCAGCAUCAACAAGGUCCCCGGCAACUUCCAUGUGUCCACGCACAGUGCCACAGCCCAGCCACAGAACCCGGACAUGACACACAUCAUCCACAAGCUUUCCUUUGGGGAUACACUACAGGUCCAGAAUGUUCAUGGAGCCUUCAAUGCUCUCGGGGGAGCAGACAGACUCACCUCCAACCCCCUGGCCUCCCACGAUUACAUCUUGAAGAUCGUGCCCACGGUGUAUGAGGACAAGAGUGGCAAGCAGCGCUACUCCUACCAGUACACCGUGGCCAACAAGGAGUACGUUGCCUACAGCCACACGGGCCGAAUUAUCCCCGCCAUCUGGUUCCGCUAUGACCUCAGCCCCAUCACAGUCAAGUACACAGAGAGAAGGCAACCGCUGUACAGGUUCAUCACCACAAUCUGUGCCAUCAUCGGCGGGACCUUCACUGUGGCCGGCAUUCUGGACUCCUGCAUCUUCACAGCCUCAGAAGCGUGGAAAAAGAUCCAGCUGGGCAAAAUUCACUGACAUCCUGCCCAGCCCAGUGACUGAGGACCAGGAACCCCGCUAGCCCUGCCUCCAGCGUCCUGUCUCCUUCUGUCUUCUCUGGCCCAGCGUGUAUGGGAGGAGGGGGUGAUGGUAAUGGGUGGCACCAGGUUCCGCAGCUACCUCUCUCCCCAUGUUUUAGAUAAAUUAACACUGCCUGGAGUCAUGGUGUCCCUUUCCCUGCAGAGCCCCAAGACCAGGGUCAGGCAUGGGGAGGUACUCCAAGGAUGCUGGUGACCUCUUGUGGGAAGGCUGUAGACUUUCCUCGGUUAGGGGAUAGCCUAGAGUCUAAACAGACAAGCUUUCAGACAGGCUUCGACAAUCUUUAAGCCCCACCAUUUGGACACGCUAACAGCUUAAUUUGUCUCCCCCCACCAAACUCCCCCUGGCAGCCAACCUGCUCUCUCAGCCUUGGGACCAGACUGCCCAAAGGUACUGCUGUUUGGCGCUUUCUACAUGGAAUGGUACUUGGUCAGGGAAGCCCGUGGACAUGGCGCUAUAGCUGGAACUUGCUUCUGCCUCAUUGCUUCAUGCCCAGCGUAGAGCCCAGGUCUUAUCUCUACCCCAACCCUGCCUUCCAUAGAGCAGAUGCCCAGUUGCUUGGCAGAAUGGUGGAGACUCAGAUUGGCCCACCGGUCCUGAGGCGGCUCACAGGUGUCCCUUCCUCUCUUGUCUUUGCUCUUCUGAAUCCCCCACCAAUGUGCCUCAGCUGCUGUGCUGUGCGGCAUUAGCAUUUCUUGGUGAAGGGACUGGUUCCCACUGCAAAGCUCCCCCCCACACACACACACACACACACACACACACACACACACACACACACACACGGUUACAUUCUGCAGUGCCAAGGGAUAGGACCAUGUGACUGGAAGGUCAUCCUCAGAAGACCGCAUAAGGCACAGUUUGUACAUUUCUGUUUAAACCAGAAGCAUCCUUUCCUGUGAACUACGGAUGAUUGUGUCUUGACAUCCACCUUUGGUCCCAAGGCCUUAGCUGGGGGAAUGAAGCAGGCCAGCUUCUUCUCUGUGCACCUCCACCCUGCAGGCUCUCAAAGGGUGCCCAGAGCUGGGACCCACUUGCUAUUGAGAUCCCCCCCCUUAGCUGAGCACAUGCUUAGCCCCAGGGGGCUCCAGUGUCUCUCCCACUUCCUCCUGAGGUAGAUCCCUUUUCCGUUCUCCACUCAUCCUUCCCUUUCUUUCCCAAAGGGAGGGGCAUUGGUCCAGGCAUGAAUUCCACGCGGGGAAUUUUAGCUAUGCUCUCCUGUCCAGAGAGAGCGAGCCGUGGGCCUGGGCUUCGUUUAUAUUGAGAUGUUUGCAUACUUUUGUAAUGAAGGGAGUCUCCAGUAGGGACUUUUGGGGUUUUGGGGUGUUUUUUUUUUUUUUUUUGGUUUGGUUUGGUUUGGUUUGGUUUUUUGUUUUUCUUAAAUAAUCUCAUAUGGGUAGCUGGAUUCUCUGCCAUUUGUAAUUUUUGCCUCUGAUUCCAAUUAGCAAAACUUCCCUUUUUAUAUGAGUUGACUUUUAUUGUGUAUGUAAAACUGCCCCUGAGUUAUUUCUGGUAUCUGGCCACUUGGCUAGAUUUAUCUUCUUUUAAACAUUCUGUUCCACGGUUUAAGAAACCAGUCCCUUCGGUGUGUGAAUCUGUCACCUGUGGAGGGUGGGCAGGGUGGGAUGGGGUGGAAACUAUGUGGCAUGCAUAUGAGUUGAGACCUCACUUUUGUGAGGACACAGGGGAUGUCAGUUUCCCAUGGAAGAGACGCCUCUGGCCUGUUGUUCUUGUAAAGGUAUUCUCAAGGGGACAUAUGUUUUGAGUCUUUCCCACUCACUGGAUUCAAUUAGAUAUUAAAAGGCUGCUUUUCAGAAA